AUGUCAUCACAGAAACAAGAAACAUUGGCUAGAUUAAAUGAAAAAAGAAAACAAGUUCAACUUUCAAUAAAACCACAGUCAAAGAAAGCUCCAGCACCAAAACCUCCACCACACUGGGAUGAUACCACACCUCCAAAUGGAAUUUCUCCAUCAUUUGACUUGAGACCAAUUGUUUCACAGCAACAGGUGACUGAAGAACAUGAACCACCACCGUCUCCAACUAAAACGACAGAAAACAAUGUUUCACAAGAAGUAGAAGAGGAUCAAAAGAAGAGCAAUGUUCAUAAAACUUCUAAUCAACUUUCAUCUGAUACUGACAAUCAAGAUGACAGUCAGGACAGCAGUGAAAGCAUUAAGCCCAAUGCUAUUUAUGAAAUUGUUCAAGCGGUGCGGAAGGAAACACAAUUGAGUCAUGAAAUGUCAAAAGUUGCUGUGGAAACAGUCUUAAUUUCUUUAAGGGAAUUUCUCCCUGGCGGUGCUGCACGAUCCAUUAUUGACGCACUCCUUCGAGAAGCUAACAGCAACAUAACUUGCCCCAAAAAUGCAAUCGAUGCGGCGCCUGACGCUUUACGCAUUAUGACAGCUUUAAAUUCUUUAUCAAAAGCUGCAAACGAUGCCCAACAGAGAGGUUGGGCAUUGCAUGAUGACGCUCAUGACAUACAGACACAGUUGCUUGAACUCAUCUCUGUUAUGUCAAAUGCCGAUGUAAAUAUCUCGCAGCAUGUUGUAAGCAGCCAUCGCUACGCCUACGUCACCACUUUAGUCCAGUAUUACCAAAUGGAAACACGUUGGCCUCUACGACAACUCUUGCUGCAGGCAUUCGGUGUGAUGUGCGGCUUGGAGCGUACUGCGCUGGCAACACUGGCGCUAUCGGCCUUGCCCGCUGAGAUAGCGCGCGACAUGCGCGAUAAUCCUCGCGCAGUCAGCCGCCUAUCACACUCUGCACUACUUUUGUCUAUGGUCCUCUCUAUGGGUGAUAAAUUACCAGUGACGCACUUUGAACAACUUGGCGUUGAGUUCGCGCAGUUCUUACUUGAACUCAUUGAGAACCCACCGGAGACAGAUGUAGAUGAACAGAUUCCAGACUUGUUCCUCACGUUACUACUCGCCUAUAACUUGCAGUUCGAAAACCCCUAUGAAAAUCUUCUAUUGAACGCUUUAGAGACUCAAGAUAAUGCUAAGACCUUCUGUGAGAAGGUUCUUCUAUUGCUGAAUCGUGAAGAGGAUCCCGUGCGUAUAUUCGACCAUGAACCGGCUCCAGCGCAUUCGGUACUCAAACUAGUUAUUGACUUGUUCAGCCGUAAAAAAACCGCCGCACACUUCUACACCAACGAUGUGAGAGUGACCAUUGAUAUCAUUGUGCGGCAACUUGCUGAUUUAUCGCCUGGUGACACCCACCGUCAUCAAUAUCUGAAAGUAUUACAAGGUAUCAUACGUAACACGGACUACGGAACAAACUUACAUCGUCGUGACGAUUUACUCCGCUGUUUCGCGCGCAUCUUCUGCGAAGAGAGUGACGUCAGCAAAGAUGACCAGGCCUUAGUUCGAGCCAUUUUCAACGAGUUCCCGCAGUAUUUCAUGGCUUAA